AUGGCUGAUAAUCUUCAAAAGGCGAUCAACGCCUUAUCUCUGCAUGAUGAGGAGCCGGUUGAUCUACCUGAUAGCCCCAGAUUUCAUGUUUUUGAUGAAAACGUGACUAGCCUUUUAGGUCGACUGCUAAACCCAGACUGCCAAGCUAUGGACAAGAUGAUUGAGGAGAUGCCCAAGACUUGGAGGGUUGCUGAUAGGGUCCGUGGAAUAGCGUUGUCUCUGGAUAAGUUUCAAUUUAUCUUUGAGCGGGAAGAAGAUUUGUUAACGGUAUUGAAAGAUCGUCCAUGGUGCUAUAAUAACUGGACAAUGCUUCUCGACCGUUGGAUCCCAUCUCCACCAGCAAACUUCUUGACCACUGUUGAUGUUUGGAUCAGAAUCCGUAAGAUCCCUGUGAACCACUAUCGUUUGGAAACAAUGGAGUUCCUGGCUUCUAAAGUCGGGAGGGUGCUAGAGAUUGCUUACGACCCUAAGGCCUCCCAAAAGGAAGAUUACAUUCGAGCUCAGGUUAGACUCGAGAUUGCGCACCCAGCGAUAGCAAUUAAACCUUUGAAUCUGCCCAAGGGGGGAAGGGUGGUCAUUGAAUUUGAGUAUGAGAAGCUUCGGAAAAGAUGUUUUCAUUGCCAACGCUUGACUCACGAGAGACCUAGCUGCCCUUUUAUAGUGCACCGGGAGCAGAUGGAUUAA